AUGCUCCGUCGACUCGCCUGCCUGACUGCCGCGCUGGCCGCGUUGACGGUGAACCCGACGGCUGCCACGGACUUCAACACACUCGGAAGCGACUACAACGCCGUGGCCCAAGUCCAAGCUACGGACGACGUAUCCCACGACACCACGCAACAGCAGCAAAGCACUACUGGAUCGGCCACCCAGACUACCCACAUCCAGUACAGUAUCCGCAAUGGGGACGUGUCCAGUAUCGGCGUGAACCUCGGCUCGUGGCUAGUGGCCGAGCACUGGAUGACGUCGGCCGCCGACUUCUGGCAGGGCGUGAGCGACGAAGACGCCGGCAAGGGCGAGUACACGGCCAUCACCAAGGCGUCGGACCCGGACACCAUCCGCUCGAACCUCGACUACCACCACUCGACCUUCAUCACCGAGAAAGACAUCGCCGAGAUCGCCGCCGCCGGCCUCAAUACGGUGCGCGUGCCCGUGGGCUACUGGAUCGUCGGCUUCGACAACGACGACCCGAGCGGCCAAGCGGCCUGGGCGCAGUACUCGAACGGCACGCUGAAGUACCUGGACGCGCUGGUCACCAACUGGGCCAAUAAGCACAACAUCGCCGUGCUCUUCAGCCUGCACGCGGCCAAGGGCUCUCAGAACGGGGCCGACCACUCGUCCCCGUGCGACCCGGGCAACUCGCACUGGAGCGCGUACGACGAGAACGUGGCCAACACGGUCUCGCUGGCCACCUUCCUGGCCGACCGAUACAAGGACGAGGACGCGUUCCUGGGCAUCGGCCUGCUGAACGAGCCCAACGCGUCCACGGACGAGGACAAGCUGUACGCGUACUACGAGAAGGCGUACGCGGCCAUCCGGACACUCAGCGACUGCGUGCUGAGCGUGGCGCCGCUGCUGUACAAGCAGUCGCCCGACGUCAUGACGGACUUCAUGCAGGCGCCCGCCUACACGAACGUCUGGGUCGAGUGGCACCCGUACUUCGUCUGGGGCUACGAGAGCACGAGCGAGUACGACCUGACCAACACGGCCGUCAAGACCAACUUCCAGAACAGCGUGAGCCAGUGGAACGCGCGCGAGAACCACAACCGCCUCUUCAUCGGCGAGUGGAGCUUCGCCACGGCCGGCAAGUUCGGCGACGACCAGGAGGGCUACUACGAGUUCUGCAAGGCCAUGGUGGACGUCAUGUACCAGGCCGGGGGCGGAUUCACCUUCUGGAGCUGGCGGCUGUACGGCGACGAGAGCGGCUUCAACGCGUGGUCGCUGCGCAGCGUGCUGCGCGACACCCGCCUCAAGAGCAUCUUCUUCCCCAACGCGGCCCAGAGCUGA